AACAAGUAUUAACUUUUGCUUAUAUAAGAAAAAUCGGCUUGUAUAGCAACAUUUGUGGCCUUAUUUUUCUAACUGUAUAUGCAGGAUCUCUUUUAAAACGUUUUCUGCAACAGCUGAAAGUGAAAGAAGAAAAAGACACCGUGACAUACAGUAGAAAGCCACAAAUGAAGGUUCACAUUUGUAACAUUUAAUCUCUUAAAUCACUGCGCUAAAUGUCAGCUGCAGUCAUUUAUAGAAUCAGUCAUACAUGGGGAAAGUCACAUCGAUAUGUUUCUGACUGGAAAUGUUUCAGAUGCAUUAUUCAUACAAUUUAGUAUAAUAAAAAAAUAAUAAAGAAUUAUGUUUAGGCCUAUUCAAAAUGCAUUCAGAUCCUCCCUCUGAUAUAAUACCUGUAUGCGAACUCUUUUGAGGGCAAACUUUCUCAAUGCUACAGUUACAUGAUGUUGUUUAUAUGGUUUAAAAUCUCCUAAGUGAAUGUGUUAACCUGCAAAAGUUCAUUUAUUGUGAAAGUUUAGUGUGUAAUUCCAUUCGUGGAGUUUGGUGAAGUGAGAACCUUGAGAUACCAUCUUCACUAAUGAGAGAUUUUUUGAUAAAAUUUGAGGUUAAGACCUCCUACAUAAACAGGAACUUCUCUGUAUAUAAAGUCAUGUUGAUGCCCUUCACUGCCUCAGACUUCAGCUUUCAUGCUUUUAUGUAAUGUUUCUCUAAUGCUUCAGAAUAAAUUAGUUGCAUGUGCGGAGUUGUGUGAGUUCUGGCCAAGCUGAAGUCUUGAAGAGCGCAUUCUUACAGUUUUGUUAAAGAACAAUGAGCCCCACUGGGAUUUUCAGCAUUUUCUUGGCUUUUUCAGUUCAGGCUAAAGCCGCUUCACAGGAGUACAUCUGUGAGACAGAUUACUGGCAUACCAUCAUCUGCUCUUUAAAACUACCAAUCACAUCCACUAGAAACUCAUCAUACUGGCUAGAGGCUCAUUCCAUCAGCAGCAAACAGAAUUAUAGAUGCCAACUUCAGAGAGUACAUGAAGAUCACAUCUGCAAUAUCACAGUAGAAUCAGGCUUCAGGAGUCUUGAUAUAUAUUCUAUGAAACUUAAUUAUUUUGAAAAUGGAACUGUGAAUUCAUUUCUGUUGGAUGCUUAUUUUGAGCCAGUAACAAAUAUUAAACCAAAAGCCCCAUUUGAUCUGACGUUACAAUAUGCAAAUGGAACGUAUCAUUUCUUUUGGAAGAGUGGAUAUGAAAAUCAUACCUACCGAGAUGCUCUACCUAUCAAAUAUGAAUUAAACUACUACAAAGACGGAGAUCCCACAAGUGAAGUCAGUGUUCAACUAGACAAAGAAAUGAUUAAGAUUGAGGAAAUGAGGUUUGAUCCAGACACUAUGUACACUGUGAUGGUGAAGAGUAAGAUAGAUGACAGACGGACCUACAGUGGAACGUGGAGCGACUGGAGCAGUGCUGUGAAAUGGAAAACAGCAUACAGAGAUGAGCCCAGUCAAGACAUCACGAUUGUCAUUGGAAUGUUUGCAGUGGCUGGACUUUUAAUUCUGCUUAUGUCCUUUCUUGCUGCCAGAUUUAAGAUGAAAGAUAUUUCAUGGGUGCCAACACCAGAAACGUACUUCCAGCCACUUUAUCAAAAGUACCAUGGCAAUUUUCAGUGUUGGGUUUUGGCAAAAACUCCUUUAGAAGAUUUUCAAGUUACGGAAGACUUUUCAAAAAUCGACAAGAUUUCCGAGGUCUUUACCACACUACAGGAUCAGGUCGAGUCAAUGGGCAUGUAUCCCACAGCACAAUGCCACACACCCUAUGUGGGCCCCACAGCUGAGGUCUGGGCCCCGUGCCAAAUGCCUGAUACGCGCAGUGAGACAAGCAUCCCGUGUGAGGAAUUUCCUUUGUUCUGCGAAGAGUUGCCUGAUAAAGUGGAAAACCUGUUCCAGUCUCUGAACUUGUGUCUGAGUGGGGAUGUUCUGUCUCUGAAGGACUCCACUCUUAGUCUUGAGUGUCUUAACGGCUGCGAGACUUCUGAAGCAGCGGUUAUCAUUAACCCGGUGCCUGCGUGUUUCAAACAAGACUACUGCACUCUUACCAACACUCCCACAGGCCCCGUUCCCACCUUCACCAGAGAUGAACACCGCCAAUGAUUAAAUGCAGGAAGAUAUUACACCACGGAUUUCUGUAGAUAUGUAGACAUUUUAAAUUGAUACACUCUUAAAAAUAAAGGUGCUUAAAACUUUCUUCACAGCAAUGCCAUAGAAGAACCAU